UCUACAAACUAGGAGGGGCUUAAUACCGUGGAGGCAGGACGGCUGCUGCUUACACUGGGACUGUGUGUACAUCCACUUCAGCCCUCAUGCACUAACGAUUGACAUAUUUCAGCUUUAAAACCUGCUGAAAUCCUUGGGCAUUUUAUGCUUCAGCACUAAGGUGUGUAGGUUGGCAACGCCAAUACACCACCAAUCAAGAUGGUGGCCCUUUCACUGAAGAUCUGUGUCCGCCAGUGCAAUGUGGUGAAGACCAUGCAGUUUGAGCCCUGCACUCCUGUGUAUGAUGCCUGUAGGAUCAUCAGGGAGAGGGUUCCGGAAGCCCAGACUGGCCAAGCCUCUGAUUACGGCCUGUUUCUCUCUGAUGAUGAUCCCAGAAAAGGAAUCUGGCUGGAGUCUGGGAGAACUCUGGAUUACUACAUGCUCCGGAACGGGGAUGUCUUGGAGUACAAAAAGAAACAGAGGCCCCAGAAGAUCAAGAUGCUGGAUGGGGCAGUUAAAACUAUCAUGGUGGAUGACUCUAAAACUGUGGGAGAGCUGCUUGUAACCAUAUGCAGUAGAAUAGGAAUCACCAACUACGAGGAGUACUCCCUGAUCCAGGAGGCGGUGGACGAGAAGAAGGAGGACGGUCAUGGGACUGGCACCCUGAAGAAGGACAGGACUCUGCUCCGAGACGAGAGGAAGAUGGAGAAGCUCAAAGCCAAGCUUCACACAGAUGAUGACUUGAACUGGCUAGACCACAGCCGGACGUUCAGAGAGCAAGGGGUGGAGGAGAGCGAGAUGCUGCUGCUCAGACGCAAGUUCUUCUACUCAGAUCAGAAUGUGGACUCACGAGACCCUGUCCAGCUCAACCUCCUCUAUGUACAGGCCAGAGAUGACAUACUGAAUGGCUCCCACCCUGUUUCAUUUGAUAAAGCCUGUGAGUUCGCUGGAAUUCAGGCCCAGAUCCAAUUUGGCCCCCACGUCGAACACAAACACAAGACUGGAUUCCUAGACCUUAAGGAGUUUCUACCCAAAGAGUACAUCAAGCAGAGAGGUUCAGAGAAGAAAAUAUUUGUGGAUCACAAAACCUGUGGAGAAAUGACAGAGAUUGAGUCCAAAGUAAAGUAUGUGAAACUAGCGAGGUCCCUUCCGACAUAUGGGGUCUCCUUCUUCCUGGUGAAGGAAAAGAUGAAAAGCAAGAAUAAGCUGGUCCCACGGUUACUGGGGAUAACCAAAGAGUCGGUGAUGCGGGUGGAAGAGAAGACUAAAGACGUGGUUCAGGAAUGGCCCCUAACCACGGUGAAGAGAUGGGCUGCUUCUCCCAAGAGCUUCACCCUGGAUUUUGGGGAGUACCAGGAAAGUUACUACUCUGUUCAGACAACAGAGGGGGAACAGAUCUCUCAGCUGAUUGCAGGAUACAUCGACAUCAUUCUCAAAAAGAAGCAGAGUAAGGAUCGUUUUGGUUUGGAAGGAGAUGAAGAGUCCACCAUGCUGGAGGAAUCUGUCUCUCCAAAGAAGUCGACCAUCCUGCAGCAGCAGUUUAACAGGGUGGGUCGUGUGGAGCAUGGCUCGGUGGCACUGCCAGGUAUCAUCCGCUCCGGGUCCAUCGGUGGCCCUGAAAACACCUUCAACAUGGGCACCAUGCCCUCUGCCCAGCAGCAGAUCACCACAGGGCAGAUGCACAGAGGACACAUGCCCCCGUUGAGCUUGGCCCAGCAGGCCCUGAUGGGGACCAUUAACACCAGUAUGCAGGCAGUGCAGCAGGCCCAGGCUGAUCUGGGGGAGGUAGAUAACCUGCCUCCUCUGGGACAGGACAUGGCGUCCAGAGUUUGGGUUCAAAACAAAGUGGAUGAGUCCAAACAUGAAAUCCACUCUCAAGUAGAUGCCAUAACUGCCGGGACAGCAUCUGUGGUUAAUCUUACUGCAGGUGACCCUACAGACACAGACUACACAGCAGUUGGCUGUGCCAUCACCACCAUCUCCUCCAACCUGACAGAGAUGUCUAGAGGGGUGAAGCUGCUGGCAGCGCUGGUGGAGGACCAGGUGGGCAGCGGGCAGAACCUGAUGGGAGCUGCCAGGACCCUGACAGGGGCCGUCUCUGACCUGCUCAGGUCUGUGGAGCCUGCAGCUGGAGAGCCCAGACAGACGGUGCUGACUGCAGCAGGAAGUAUAGGCCAGGCCAGCGGGGACCUGCUGCAUCAUAUGGGGGAGGGCGAGACUGACGAGAGGUUCCAGGACAUUCUAAUGAGCCUGGCCAAAGCGGUGGCCAACGCAGCUGCCAUGAUGGUCCUCAAGGCCAAGAAUGUGGCCCAGGUGGCGGAGGACACAGUGUUGCAGAACCGAGUGAUUGCAGCUGCUACUCGGUGUGCCCUUUCCACCUCACAGCUGGUGGCCUGCACCAAGGUGGUGAGCCCCACCAUCAGUUCUCCGGUGUGCCAGGAGCAGCUGGUUGAGGCAGGGAAGCUGGUGGACCGCUCGGUGGAGAGCUGCGUCAAGGCCUGCCUGUCUGCAACAGACGACAGUGAGCACCUGAAGCAGGUAGGUGCCGCGGCCAACACGGUGAGCCAGGCACUCAGUGACCUGCUGCAGCACGUACGCCACUAUGCCAGCUGUGGUGAGCCCGUCGGACGCUACGACCAGGCCACAGACACCAUCAUGACCGUCACCGAGAGCAUCUUCACCUCCAUGGGAGACGCAGGGGAGAUGGUGCGUCAGGCCAGGGUGCUGGCUCAGGCCACGUCGGACCUGGUCAAUGCCAUGAGGUCAGAUGCUGAGGCCGAGGUGGACGUGGACAACUCUAAGAAGCUCCUGGCUGCAGCCAAACUCCUGGCUGAUGCCACGGCCAGGAUGGUAGAUGCUGCUAAGGGAGCUGCAGCUUACCCAGAGAAUGAGGACCAGCAGCAGAGGCUGAGAGAGGCAGCAGAGGGGUUACGUGUUGCCACUAACGCUGCAGCUCAGAAUGCCAUCAAGAAGAAGCUGGUCAACAGGCUGGAGAUUGCUGCGAAGCAGGCUGCGGCUGCUGCUACUCAGACCAUCGCAGCUGCCCAGAACGCUGCUGUGUCCAAUAAGAACACUGCCUCUCAUCAACAACUAGUACACAGCUGCAAGGCAGUGGCAGACCACAUCCCUCAGCUGGUCCAGGGGAUGAGGAGUAGUCAGGCUCAGCCAGAGGAACUCAGUGCCCAACUAGCCCUCAUCAUGGCCAGCCAGAGCUUCCUACAGCCUGGCAGUAAAAUGGUGACGUCUGCAAAGUCAACUGUCCCAACAGUGACGGACCAGGCAGCAGCGAUGCAACUUGGCCAAUGUGCCAAGAACCUGGCUACCUGCCUAGCUGAGCUACGGACAGCCACCCAAAAGGCCCAUGAAGCCUGUGGUCCUCUGGAGAUAGACUCUGCUCUCAGUGCUGUCCAAACUCUGAGGAGUGAGCUUCAAGAUGCCAGGAUGGCUGCGCACAAUGGGCAGCUCAAACCACUUCCUGGGGAAUCGCUAGAGAAGUGUGCCCAGGACCUGGGUAGUACCUCCAAGGCUGUUGGCUCCUCCAUGGCUCAGCUGCUGACCUGUGCUGCACAGGGCAAUGAACACUACACAGGAGUGGCUGCCAGGGAGACUGCCCAGGCCUUGAGGACACUGGCCCAGGCAGCCAGAGGUGUCGCUGCCAGCACUAAAGAACCCCAGUCUGCGGCGGCCAUGUUGGAUUCUGCCCAGUACGUCAUGGAGGGCUCUGCCAUGCUCAUCCAUGAGGCCCACCAGGCCCUGGUCUCCCCCGGCGACGCAGAGAGUCAGCAAAGGCUAGCACAGGUGGCCAAGGCAGUGUCCCACUCUCUGAAUAACUGUGUGAACUGCCUGCCUGGCCAGAAGGAUGUGGACAUGGCCCUACGAAGCAUCGGAGAGGCCAGCAAGAAGCUGCUGGUGGACACUCUCCCCCCCUGCAGUAAGUCUUUCCAGGAUGCUCAGAGUGAGCUGAACCAUACUGCUGCAGAGCUCAACCACUCAGCAGGAGACGUGGUCCAUUCCUCCCGGGGUACCAGCAGCCAACUGGCCGUGGCUUCUGGGAAAUUCAGUGAGGAUUUUGAUGAGUUCCUGGACGCCGGCGUUGAGAUGGCUGGCCACACUCAAUCCCAAGAGGACCAAAUCACAGUGAUUGGCAACCUGAAGAACAUCUCCAUGGCAUCCAGCAAGCUCCUUCUGGCAGCCAAGUCCCUGUCAGUGGAUCCUGGAGCAGCUAACGCCAAGAACCUGUUAGCUGCUGCAGCAAGAGCGGUGACGGAGAGCAUUAAUCAGCUCAUCACACUGUGUACCCAGCAGGCACCGGGCCAGAAGGAGUGUGACAACGCUCUGAGAGAACUGGAGGCUGUGAGAGGAUUGCUGGACAACCCCAGUGAGCCUGUCAGUGAGCUCUCCUACUUUGACUGCAUCGAGAGUGUCAUGGAGAACUCAAAGGUUCUUGGGGAGUCCAUGACGGGGAUUUCCCAACACUGUAAGAUGGGCAACGUGCCAGCGUUUGGGAAUUGUGUGGGAGUGGCGUCCAAGGCCCUGUGUGGGUUGACGGAGGCGGCUGGACAGGCCUCCUACCUAGUGGGUGUGUCCGAUCCAAACAGCCAAUCUGGUCAAGAGGGCCUGGUGGAUCCAAUCCAGUUUGCCCGGGCCAACCAGGCUAUUCAGAUGGCCUGUCAAAACCUGGUGGACCCAGCCAGCAGCCCCUCUCAGGUUCUGUCCGCAGCAACGAUUGUAGCCAAGCAUACCUCAGCUCUUUGCAAUGCCUGCCGCCUGGCCUCGUCCAAGACAUCCAACCCUGUGGCCAGGAGACACUUUGUUCAGUCAGCCAAAGAGGUUGCAAACACCACGGCCAACCUUGUGAAAACUAUAAAGGCCUUGGAUGGGGACUUCUCAGAGGAGAACAGAAACAGGUGUCAUGUUGCUACAACUCCACUUAUCGAGGCUGUAGAGAAUCUAUCCACAUUUUCCUCCAACCCAGAGUUUGCUAGUAUCCCUGCACAGAUCAGCAAUGAGGGCUUUGCAGCCCAGGAGCCCAUCAUGUGUUCAGCUUUCUCCAUGCUGGACAGCUCCACCCUGCUCCUGGAGACUGCCCGCUCUCUCAUCAUCAACCCCAAAGACCCGCCCACCUGGUCCAUCCUGGCUGGGCACUCCCGCACCGUCUCUGACUCCAUCAAGAGCCUCAUCACCUCCAUCAGGGACAAGGCGCCAGGGCAGAGAGAGUGUGACUUCUCCAUUGAUAACAUCAACAAGUGUAUCCGGGACAUCGAGCAGGCUUCGCUAGCUGCUGUGGGACAGAGCCUACAGGGAUGUAGGGAUGACAUAUCUUUGGAAGCUUUGCAGGAGCAGCUGACAUCGUCGGUGCAAGAGAUUGGACAUCUCAUCGAUCCUGUCAGUACUGCAGCCAGGGGUGAAGCUGCCCAGCUGGGACACAAGGUGACGCAGCUGGCCAGCUACUUUGAGCCCCUCAUCGUGGCGUCUGUUGGCCUGGCCUCUAAGAUCGUCGACCAGCAGCAGCAGAUGAACAUCCUGGACCAGACUAAGACCCUGUCAGAGUCCGCCCUGCAGAUGCUCUACGCAGCCAAGGAGGGAGGUGGAAACCCUAAGGCGGCCCACACCCACGACGCCAUAUCAGAGGCUGCCCAGCUGAUGAAGGAGGCUGUGGAAGACAUCAUGGUGACGCUGAACGAGGCGGCCAGUGAGGGCGGCAUGGUGGGAGGCAUGGUGGAGGCUAUCGCUGAGGCCAUGGGCAGGUUGGAUGAGGGCACUACCCCUGAACCAGAAGGAUCCUUUGUGGAUUACCAGACCACCAUGGUGAAAUACUCCAAGGCCAUCGCCAUCACAACUCAGGAGAUGAUGACUAAGUCAGUGACGUGUCCAGAGGAGCUGGGUGGCCUGGCCUCUCAGGUGACUGUAGACUACAGCCAGUUAUCCCACCAAGGGCGCCUGGCAGCUGCCACCGCAGAACCAGAAGAGGUGGGCUUCCAGAUCAAGACGCGGGUCCAGGAGCUGGGCCAUGGAUGUAUCUACCUGGUUCAGAAGGCUGGCGCCCUGCAAAUGAGUCCCACUGACAGCUUCUCCAAGAGGGAGCUCAUUGAGUGUGCCCGUGCCGUCACUGAGAAGGUUGCCAUGGUGCUGUCUGCACUGCAGGCAGGUAACAAAGGUACUCAGGCCUGCAUCACAGCAGCUAGUGCUGUCUCUGGCAUCAUCGCGGACCUCGACACCACCAUCAUGUUCGCCUCGGCCGGAACACUCAACCCCGAGAAUGAAGAGACCUUCGCUGACCACAGGGAGAGCAUUCUGAAGACAGCCAAGGCUCUGGUGGAGGACACUAAGCUGUUGGUGUCUGGGGCAGCGUCCAGUCAGGACAGACUGGCCCAGGCUGCCCAGUCCUCAGUCAAGACCAUCACCAUGCUCACUGACGUGGUCAAACUUGGAGCCACCAGCAUGGGCUCUGACGACCCAGAGACUCAGGUGGUCCUCAUUAAUGCGGUGAGAGACGUGGCCAAGGCUCUAGCUGAGCUCAUCAGCGCCACCAAGUGUGCUUCAGGCAAGCCAGCUGACGACCCGUCCAUGUAUCAGCUGAAGAGUGCUGCCAAGGUGAUGGUUACCAACGUGACAUCCCUGCUAAAGACUGUGAAGGCUGUGGAGGAUGAGGCUACUCGCGGGACGAGGGCACUGGAGGCCACCAUUGAGUGCAUCAAACAGGAGUUGACAGUGUUCCAGUCCAAGGACGUCCCCGAAAAGUUGACCAAACCGGAAGAGUUCAUCCGCAUGACAAAGGGCAUCACCACGGCAACGGCCAAGGCUGUGGCAGCAGGAAACUCUGCCCAGCAGGAGCACGUCAUCGCCACGGCCAACCUGAGCCGCAAAGCCAUAUCUGAUAUGCUGACCACCUGCAAGCAAGCGGCCUGUCAUCCAGAGGUGAGUGAGGAGGUGAGGAAUAAGGCCCUGCGCUACGGGUCAGAGUGCACCACUGGAUACAUCAACCUGCUGGAGCAAGUAUUGCUGGUGCUCCAGAAGCCCACAGCGGACCAGAGGCAGCAGCUGGCGGUACACUCCAAGUGCGUGGCGGGGUGUGUGACAGAGCUCAUCCAGACGGCUGAGGCCAUGAAGGGGUCAGAAUGGGUGGACCCUGAGGACCCCACUGUCAUCGCUGAGACUGAGCUGCUGGGAGCGGCAGCCUCCAUCGAAGCCGCAGCCAAGAAACUGGAGCAGUUGAAACCCAGAGCCAAGCCCAAGCAAGCAGAUGAGACGCUGGACUUUGAGGAGCAGAUCCUGGAGGCAGCUAAAUCCAUCGCUGCAGCCACCAGUGCCCUGGUGAAGUCUGCUUCUGCAGCCCAGAGAGAGUUGGUGGCACAGGGCAAGGUAGGAUCCAUUCUUGCCAAUGCUGUGGAUGAUGGCCAGUGGUCUCAGGGUCUCGUAUCUGCUGCUCGGAUGGUGGCGGCAGCUACCAGUAACCUGUGUGAGGCGGCCAAUGCCUCUGUGCAGGGCCACGCCAGUGAGGAGAAGCUCAUCUCUUCAGCCAAGCAGGUGGCAGCCUCGACAGCUCAGCUCCUAGUGGCCUGUAAGGUCAAAGCUCAACCGGACUCCGAGGCCAUGAGGAGACUGCAGGCUGCUGGGAACGCGGUCAAGCGGGCAUCAGACAACCUGGUGAAGGCGGCUCAGAAAGCUGCCUUUGAUAAAGCUGAUGACCACAGUGUGGUGGUCAAGACCAAGUUCGUGGGUGGCAUUGCUCAGAUCAUUGCAGCCCAGGAGGAGAUGCUGAGAAAGGAGAGAGAGCUGGAGGAGGCCAGGAAGAAGCUAGCUCAGAUCAGACAGCAGCAGUACAAGUUCCUGCCCACUGAGCUGAGGGAGGAUCAGAGCUGAUUGGUCCCUCAGCUCAGUAAAGUAGAUGGACAUCUGAUUGGAACCUGUUGUUACACAGAGAUGUAGCUUACUCCAGCGAUUCGCUGUUUCUCUCUCAAACGGGUAGAGUGUAUAACGUAUUUGGGCCAGGACUGUUUCAUGAGUGGAACUAGUGUGUGUGUGUGUGUGUGUGUGUGUGUGUGUGUGUGUGUGUGUGUGUGUGUGUGUGUGUGUGUGUGUGUGUGUGUGUGUGCGUGUGCGCGCGUUUCACAGAGGAUGAUAUUGACAUAAGGACCAGCUGGCUACAGCUGUGCUGUAUUAGCAGGGUUAGGACCUGCAAUCUAAAAAUUGAGACAGAUGCCCUUAUUGAUUUUAUGGUAGGAUACAUCAAUAAGGACAUCACAGUUAAAUGAACAUUACUGGAUCCAAUAAUGGUAAAUACUAUUAAUACUUUUCAUGGAUACAUCUCUAAAUCAGUUGAAUGUAGUUUAAACCCUGUAAAAGCUAAUAAAAAGGGGUAGCUCCCUCUCCAACUGGCACAGCUGACACAGGGAUCCAUAGCUUCAGUUCCUCACACAACAUCUUAGUGUUGAUCUACUGUAGGUAUUGCAGUACUCUGAUGCAUCAUUUGAAUCAUUAGCCUGCAUGCACCAUUAUAACUUGACAGGUCUGGUAUCUUAAUUUGAUCACUCUGUUGCAGAGCAUUUUCCUACACAGUAAGAAAUGCAAAUUGUAGUGCAUUCAAGGUUUAAAAAGGCUUCUAAAUGUUGUAAUUUCCACUUAAAAUGUCAGACUUGAUUUGCCCUAAUGAAUAAUGUAUCAACCCCUACAAAAAUGCCUUUUAAUUAUAAUCCACAUAAUAAUUAAAAUGUCCUGCUGCUACAGGAUUAUUUUCCUGCUGUGAGAAGCAGGGUCAAAUUAAGAUCUGUACAUAUCAAUAAAGCCACUAACCAAUAGUUUAGUUUAGGAUUGGACAUUAGUAAUAUGUUAGUAUAUGAAUGUGAUCUUUGGAAUUGCUGUUGAAUAAUUAAACGUUUGGAUUUUAUGUACUAUAUUUAAUGUAAUAGAACUUCAGCUUCACACCAAAUUCGUAGUGUCAGUGAGUGGGUUUGAGUGGAUAGUAAAGCCAACAGCAGACACAAGUUCAUCUCUUACAGCAUCGUAAUACCUUUUAAAGUAAUACUUCUCUAAGUAAUAAUUAUCCCUGGUGUGUCAAUAGGGAGAUCCCUGCCUCGGCUCCCAUGUUUGGACAUUCGGCUGUCACUCAUAUUUCAGGAGCAGGGAGCAGUCACGGCAGAGGGUUGUUAAUGGGUUAAAUCUCGAAGUCUAUGUGCAAUCUUUUUGCCUGACUGGUAUUCUCUCACCCAAGCCCUCUCACUCUUUUUGGUUUUCCUGCUGCCUGCAGGAGGAGGCUCUGUUUACAUUCAUUCUCAUAUUUGUUCUCUCUUUCUUGCCUUUGUAUUUUUAUUCCAGUCUAAUUGACAGUAGCCAGAGUAAUGUUGGGAGUUCCACCAUACGCACGCAACAGCAAAGCUAUGCUCUCUCUGUCCGUUGCAUGUUCAGCUGGUGGGGUUUGGUUUAUACUUAUUACAGAUUCCAUUGAGUUUAGGAGAUGAGCUUGUUCUCGUGUUCAUGUCCUUAUUGUUCCUCUAACCAUAGCAACACAUUACCCCCAUUAUACUGUGUCAGACUGACGAGAGGGCAGCACUGAUUGGAAUUGGGUAUGCAGCUGUGUAUGCAGUUGUAUGGCUUUUUCCCUCUUAAACAUGUAGGAAAGUGUAGGAUGUGGUGUAGAAUGGCACUGUGAUGGCUGGUAUAACCUUAUGCACUGAGGGGAGAAAGCAAUGCCUUCCAUGUCCAACCAUUCAGGAUUACUACUAACGCUCCUGUCAAAUGUAUUAGUGAUGAAACCACAUACAGUACAGUCCUGACUAGGGCCGGGACGAUACCAGUAUUGCAAUACUCGUUAGUAUCGUGUAAAGGAAACAAAACACAAAGCGGAUUUAACUUCUUUAUGAAAACAGACCUAAUGUUGGAAUGAAACAUUGUUGUCAUCCAGAGUCUCAUGUAUAUAUUUUCCAAGCUAUAGCAGGAUUUUAAAGGACCAAAGAGUUUGGUCUGCUUCGUGUUUUUCAUUUUUGUAAUGGAAAAAAAUUGUGCGAUGCUGGUAUCGUCCUGGUCCGAGCCCUGAGUAGGAAAAUAGUUCAUUUAUGUUAUUCCAGUAUUGGUGUAGUAUAAGGUCAUUAGUAUUUUGUCCACUCCAACAGCUCAGUCCCUCGUUGUCAGUCUGUGGUCUGCAUUGUGUACUAGUGCCUUAAUUGAAAUCCCGCUGUAACAACAUCUAAAGGCUUGUCCUUCUGGAUAAGAACAUGUAUCCCGUCUAACCCAAACUCUCUCUGGGCCAUUAACUAUCACCUAGUCCUAUGCCAUAACACAAUGUAUUGCCUUGGCUGGUUGCCCAUCUGCCUGCCGUAAACCAUGCUGGUAUAUAAAGUGCAUCCAUGGAUACGUUUAGGUUUUAGACUAUAUACAGAAAUUAAUACACACUACACAGCAUUCCAUGAGCAUGUGGCAAGUUGUUCUUGAACUCUUGAUGAGAUGAGAGAUGAGAAUUUGCUCUGCCUUGAAAUUCAUUCAACAUACACAUAAUCCUUAUAAAUAGGACUAAAUAACGUCCUUGUUUCAUUGUUAAACUACUAUAAAUUAAGUUUUAAUCGAUAAAUGUAACGACUAUUCUGAGAUAAUGUAUAUUGUCUAAGCAAUUUGUCUAUAAGCAUUAACUGGAAUAGGAAAAACGACUAGCUGUUAUGCAAAUGUAGGUGUUGUGCUUUCUUUAACAGAUUGAAUUCAUUUCAACACUUUAACUGAUGCUGUAUGUCUAUUUAUCUUGUCACAAAAAUAUUUUUUGUAUUCACUGAAAAUAAAGAAUUUGAAACAAACAUG